AUGAGUGAACACACUCCUGCUCCAACUCCUAGUCGAGGAGUUUAUGGCUUUGCCUUAUAUGUCCUAUGUGUAUUUAGUUUUAGUUUAUAUUUAAUUUGGGCAACAAUACCAGAUAAUGUGCUCCAUUCUUUUGGUAUCACAUACUAUCCACAGAAAUAUUGGGCCCUGGCUCUUCCAGUUUAUUUUAUGAUGGGUUUAGCAAUUUUUGCAUUUUUUAUUUAUCCCAGUAUCAAUCUUUUAUUGACACCUUCUUUACAUAAUUUGAAUACAGUCUCAGAUUCAUUUACAACUUAUUUAUGUUCAGAAAAUAAAUGCAACAUGUUGGAUCAUAGUGGGAAAGGAGAAAUUAAUAUUUACAGUAUUCCACCUGCAUCUGAUAUUCCUAUUUCUCAAAUUUGUCAAAUUUUGUAUUUUGAUUACUCUCAAUGA